UUAGCUCUCCAAUGAAAUUAAAGGUCUAAAGCAAACUGGCUGCAAGUUAAGUGUUGAGUUCAAUUUCGAUCUUUAGAGUGUGUGGUACGAAUUUAAGUGGUGCGGAUAUGACGGCGGUUACGAAUACGGGUCCGAUGAUUGGCCAGCGUCAUAUGCAGGCCUUUCUGCUCUUUCUGUCGAUUGUGGUCAACUAUAUGGCCAAGUUUAAUGCUGGAGUGGCGGUUGUGGCGAUGACAAAUGCCGAGAAUACUAACCCGAAUUUUCCAGAGUACGAGUGGAAUGAAAUGGAGCGCUCCUACAUAUUAUCCAGCUUCUUCUGGGGCUACAUAUUGACGCAAUUCCUGGGUGGAUGGCUGUGCAGGCGCUAUGGAGCCAGGAUUACCAUGUUUGUGUCCACCAUUGGAUCAGCUCUUCUGGCCUUGCUCCCACCCUGGUGUGUUUCCUGGGGUGGCUGGCAGGCGUAUUGCGCUAUCCGGAUGUCAAUGGGUUUGUUCCAGGGCUUCCUAUUCCCCUGCAUCCACGCCCAUCUGGCCAACUGGUGUCCGGUGAAUGAGAGAAAUCGAUUGGGAGCCCUGGCCAACACGGGUAUUGACUGUGGAACUCUGGUGGCCAUGUUUGCCAGUGGACUACUGGCAGCCUCGAGCAUCGGCUGGCCCGGAAUCUUCUACGUGUCCUGUGCUGUAGGCAUUUUCUGGUGCAUCAUCUGGUUGAUUUUUGGAGCCAACACACCCAGGGAAUCCAAGUUCAUUAGUGAGGCGGAACUUAACUAUAUUGAAACGUCGAUCAACUCCAGUCGCAAAGCGGAGGAGGCAGAGCAGAAGGCCACUGGACCGAUUCCGGUUCCCUGGAAAGCCAUUUGGACCUCGGUACCUUUCUGGGCUUUAAUGAUCACGAGAUGCUGCCAGUCAUGGGGAUAUUCGACCCUCCAGACCGAGAUGCCAGCCUACAUGAACGGAGUCCUGUUGAUGGACAUGAAGAGCAAUGCCCUUUACUCGGCUUUGCCAUAUUUCACUUCCUGGAUAAUGGCCUUCGUCUACCUGAUCAUCGCGGAUAUCCUGCUGACCAGAGGCGUCAUGACCAUCACUGGCAUUCGGAAAACUGUGAACUCGUUGGCAUUCUUUGUGCCCGCUCUUGCACUGAUCGGCAUCGGCUUUUUGGACAGUAAUCAGAAGACUUUGGCCGUGGUGCUGAUGUGCGCCAAUGUGGGAAUCAAUGCUGGGUCUACAAUUGGUAGUACGAUUAACACAAUCGAUUUGUCACCAAAUCAUGCUGGCAUUCUUAUGGGAAUUAUUAAUACGGCGGCUAACGUUGUGCCCAUUUUAACGCCCCUCCUUGUUGGAAUUAUCGUGAAAGAUGAUCACGAUCGUGAGCAGUGGCAAAUUGUGUUCAUCAUAUCAGCCGUCAUCUUCAUUGUGGGCAACAUAAUCUAUCUAGCCUUUGGUCAGAUGGUUAAUCAACCUUGGGAUGCAGCCGACUUUAUGGAUAAGCAAAGAACCUUGAAUCUACAAGAGGAUGGAAAUGCUAAGGCUUUGAAAACAAACCAAAACGACUAUUUGGACGAAGCGAAACGUAAGGAAAGUGAAGCUGGAUUAGAAAGCAAUGGAGCUACCAAAAAGGAUUUAACUGAGGAGAAUCUGAGCAACAACGAACUUUGAGUUCCUGGAAGAGACAAACUAUCUAUAACUCGAAAACAACAAUAUAUUUUUACUCGCGGCUGGUCCGUAACUCUUUUUUAUCAAGAGUUUUGUUUAUAGAAUAAAUAAAAUUAAGUCUA